CCCCCUUUAGUCGGUUAUCCCCUCGAUAUAGACUACUUUUAAAAACCGAGGGAGGGAAAAUUCAUCUUCAUACAGAAGCACGAUAUUUUGGAUAUAUAUCGCGAAAUUUUCAUCCUUGCUGUCACCUGUGCAGCUCAGCAAAAGGCCUCCACUGCUGCCGUCACCAUCACUGCGGCCAAGGUGAACAUUGGCAUUCUGAAGAUCAACGCCUUUGCUCUACUGGGUGUCAUAUCUGCAUUGUAUCUGUUUUUGGCCUUUGCCCGUUCUGUUCUUCUUUGCAACAUAUAAGAAAAAAGAAAAGAAAAAAAGGAAAGAUAUUGUGGUGUGCUCGAUGGGUGUGAACAGAGCAGGGCAUACCCACAGGGAUUUUGUUGGGGAAUGGAUUUAAAAGUAUAGAAAUCACACCCGUAAUUUUCAGGUUUCUAGGAUUUUUGAGAUUCAGGCUAGAUGGGCUUCUUCUUUUGGUUGGUUUCGCCACUCCAAAUGGCUCUCGUUCCACACUUUUUGAUUCAUGUUCAGCAUUUCUCUACUUAGGCCUAUGUUUGGUGGCUGGGAAUUUAUAAGAAACUGAUUUUAGCAUCUGGGUAUUUGGUUAUAUGGGAUGAUCUUGAGGUUUCUUAGAACUGCGUAAAUCUUUCUUUCAUUGCAGUCAUAUGGUGAAUAAUCGGGGGACAUUGGUAACAGCUCCUGCCUUUUUCCAACUGUUUUCGAUUUGUUUUGUUCUUUUUGUUUUCUUCUUCUUUAUUUAAUAAACAAUUGCGACUAUUUCUAUGGCACACAAUUGCGGGCUCUAAGGUCAACGUUUCUACAAACUGCCUUGCAUUUUCAUAUUAUAAACCCAACACCUCUGGUUUGCUUUUGCAUCUACUUCCCUUCAUUUUUGUGUAAUUCAUCAUUCUCUUCCUCUGCAAAGAAUCAGACAUGGCUGGGGCUUUAGUGGGAGGAGCAUUUCUCUCGGCUUCUCUUCAAGUCCUAUUCGACAGGAUGGCUUCUCGGCAAUUCUUAGACUUUAUCCGGGGACAAAAACUCAUUGGUACUCUCCUAAAGAAGCUGAAGAUAAACUUGCUGGCGGUUCAGGCAGUGCUCAAUGAUGCUGAGGUGAAGCAAAUUACAGAUUCACAUGUCAAAGAGUGGGUGGAUGAGCUUAAAGAUGCUGUCUAUGAUGCAGAGGACCUGCUGGACGAGAUUGCUAACCAAGAUCUACAGAGAAAGAUGGAGACCGACCCUCAAACUAGUGCACAUCAGGUGUGGAAUAUCUUCUCUAACUCGCUUAAUCCAUUUGCUGAUGGGGUGGAGUCCAGGGUAGAGGAGAUCAUUGAUAGACUAGAAUUUCUUGCACAAAAAAAAGAUGUUCUCGGGUUGAAACAAGGUGUGGGGGAGAAACUGUUCCAAAGAUGGCCUUCGACUUCUGUGGUGGAUGAAUCUGGUGUCUAUGGUAGAGAUGACAACAAAGAGGAGAUAAUCAAAAUGUUGGUGUCAGAUAAUUCAAGCGGCAAUGAGAUAGGUGUGAUAUCCAUUGUAGGCAUGGGUGGUAUUGGCAAGACCACUCUUACUCAGCUUGUAUAUAACGAUGAGAGUGUGAAAAAAUAUUUUGACUUGGAAGCAUGGGUUUGUGUUUCAGAAGAAUUUGAUCUUCUGAGGAUAACAAAAACAAUUUUUGAAGCAACCACUUCACGGGGUUUUACUUCUGAUGUGAAUGACUUAAAUUUUCUUCAAGUGAAACUGAAGGAGAGCCUUAAUGGAAAGAAAUUUCUUCUUGUUUUGGAUGAUGUUUGGAACGAGAAUUACAAUAAUUGGGACAGGCUAAGAACUCCGCUCAAAGUUGGGUCAAACGGAAGUAAGAUUAUUGUAACAACGCGUAGUGAAAAUGUUGCAUUAGUCAUGCGCUCUGUUCACACUCAUCGUCUGGGACAACUAUCAUUUGAAGAUUGCUGGUGGUUAUUUGCAAAACAUGCAUUUGAAAAUGGAGAUCCUAGUGCACAUCCAUACUUAGAAGCAAUUGGCAAAGAGAUUGUGAAGAAGUGUCAAGGUUUGCCUUUAGCUGCAAAAACACUUGGGGGUCUUUUACACUUUAAGGUACAAGCAGAUGAAUGGGAUAAUAUCUUGAGGAGCGAAAUGUGGGAUUUGCCAAGCAAUGAAAUUCUUCCAGCUUUGAGGUUAAGCUACUAUCAUCUCCCUUCACAUCUAAAGCAAUGUUUUGCUUAUUGCUCAAUUUUUCCCAAGGACUAUCAGUUCCAAAAGGAGAGGCUGGUUUUAUUAUGGAUGGCAGAAGGCUUUUUGCAACAACCAAAAAGCAAGAAACGAAUGGAAGAGGUAGGUGACCAAUACUUUCAUGAACUAUUAUCAAGGUCCUUUUUUCAAAAAUCAAGUAGUAGAAACUCAUGUUUUGUAAUGCAUGACCUUGUCAAUGACUUGGCUCAACUUGUGUCGGGAGAAUUUUGUAUUCAGUUAGGGGAUGGUUGGGGGCAUGAAACAUAUGAAAAGGUUUGCCACUUGUCGUAUUAUAGAAGUGAAUAUGAUGCCUUUGAGAGAUUUGCGAAUUUCAUCGAAGUUAAGCGUCUUCGGACUCUUUUCACAUUGCAAUUGCAAUUUUUGCCGCAGUCCUACUUGAGUAACAGGAUUUUGGACAAGCUAUUACCAAAAUUUAGAUGCUUACGGGUGUUGUCUUUGUUCAAUUACAAGACUAUAAAUUUGCCUGAUUCAAUUGGCAAUUUGAAGCAUUUACGUUACCUGAACGUCUCGCAUUCAGAUAUCAAAAGAUUACCGGAGACAGUAUGCCCUUUGUAUAAUUUACAAACAAUUAUACUCAAUGAGUGCCGUUCUCUACAUGAGUUGCCUAGCGGAUUGAAGAAAUUGAUUAAUCUGCGUCAUCUUACUGUUCAUGGAUCUCGAGUUAAAGAGAUGCCAAGUCAUAUAGGUCAAUUGAAAAGUUUACAAACAUUGAGUACUUUUAUUGUGGGUCAAAGAAGUGGUUCAAGAAUUGGAGAGCUUGGGGGGCUUUCGCAAAUUGGUGGAAAGCUUCACAUUUCAGAGCUGCAGAAUGUGGUUUCUGGUACAGAUGCCUUGGAGGCAAAUUUGAAGGGUAAGAAGUAUCUUGAUGAAUUGGUGUUGGAGUGGAAUAGCAGCACUGAUGGUUUACAAAAUGGAGUUGAUAUAAUUAACAACUUGCAGCCUCAUAAGAAUGUCACGAAGCUUACCAUUGACUUCUAUUGUGGUACAAGAUUGCCUACUUGGUUAGGGGAUCCUUCAUUGUUAAAUAUGGUGUCCCUAAAUCUCAGGAAUUGUAAACAUUGCUCGUCCUUGCCACCACUUGGGCAACUGUUCUCUCUCAGAUACCUCUCUAUAUCAGGGAUGUGUGGAAUAGAGAAAGUGGGUACUGAAUUUUAUGGGAAUAAUUCUUCCUCAGUUAAGCCCUUCUUAUCCCUAGAAACUCUAAUUUUUGAGAAAAUGAGGCAGUGGAAAGAAUGGCUACCUUUUGACGGUGAAGGUGGAGUGUUUCCUCGUCUCCAGGUGCUUUGUAUAUGGAAAUGUCCCAAGCUCACUGGAGAAUUGCCGGACUGCCUUCCUUCCUUGACAAAACUCGAGAUUAAUGGAUGUCAGCAGCUUGUGGCUUCCGUUCCAAGAGUUCCAACUAUCCGGGAAUUGAAGAUACUCAACUGUCGCGAGGUUCUGCUGAGAAGUUCAGAUCGUAGCUUUGAUUAUCUUGAAGGUUUUGAAAUUGAAAUUUCUGAUAUCUCACAGUUGAAGGAGCUGUCACAUGGAUUGCGGGCACUCUCAAUUCUAAGAUGUGUCUCUGCAGAGUCUCUACUAGAGGGAAUGAUGCAAAACAACACUUCUCUUCAACGCUUGGUUCUGAAACGUUGUUGUUUUUCCAGAUCUUUGUGCACAUGUUGUUUACCCCGUACAUUGAAAUCACUAUGUAUCUACGGUUCUCGGAGACUACAGUUCCUUCUUCCUGAGUUCCUUAAGUGCCAUCAUCCUUUCCUUGAAUGUUUGGACAUCAGGGGUGGUUAUUGUAGAUCUCUCUCAGCCUUCUCAUUCGCCAUCUUCCCUAAGCUGACUCGUCUUCAAAUUCAUGGUCUUGAGGGACUUGAAUCCCUCUCGAUUUUGAUUUCAGAGGGGGGUCUCCCAGCUCUUGAUUUCUUGCAAAUCAUUCAGUGCCCUGAUCUUGUGUCUAUUGAGUUGCCAGCUCUCAAGUUGACACACUAUGAGAUCCUUGAUUGCAAGAAACUCAAGUUUCUGAUGUGCACCCUUGCAUCCUUUCAGACAUUAAUUUUACAAAAUUGUCCUGAAUUUCUAUUUCCAGUUGCUGGUUUGCCGUCCACCCUAAAUUCACUUGUAGUUCAUAACUGCAAAAAACUCACACCCCAGGUGGAGUGGGGUUUGCAUAGUCUAGCCUCUCUGACAGAUUUCAGAAUCAGUGGUGGAUGUGAAGACCUGGAGUCAUUUCCGAAGGAAUCCCUGCUGCCCUCAACUCUCACGUCUCUCCAGAUCUCAGGUCUUCCAAAUCUCAGGUCUCUUGAUGGCAAGGGGCUUCAGUUGCUCACUUCUGUUCAAAACUUAGAGAUCAAUGACUGCGGUAAGCUUCAAUCCUUGACAGCAGAGGGGCUUCCCAGCUCUCUGUCAUUUUUAAAAAUCAGCAACUGCCCCUUGCUGAAACAUCAGUAUGAGUUCUGGAAAGGGGAAGAUUGGCAUUACAUAUCUCACAUUCCACGCAUUGUCAUUGAUGACCAAGUUUUGUAAUGAAGGUGGCACUACAUCAAUUUAUAUUCAGAGUCAUCCAAACAGCCUUCUGCAUCGGAAGACUCCUAAGAUCUUGAGACUUUACUCAAUGGACUGCAGAACUCCAGCUCAGUUCAAGAAUUGUGCAUCUACAACUUUCAUUUGCUUGGAAUGUGUUUAGAGGUCUGGGGAUCGAGAAGCUGGGAACAAAAAUAUGAACAGAAGGAAGGCAAGAUUAAUCCCAGAUUUCCAAUUUUGCAUCUUUUGAGAUGUCCUGGAUGGAACACCUGCAAAAAUCUUGAGGAGGGCUGAGGCUGUGAGAUUCCUUCCCAAGAAGAGUAGUUUGACCAUCUAUUUGGUGGCCUUUUUGUUAUUUGAGAAUUGUGAUUUUGCUGUAUCUUAAGAGUAUUAUGAGUGAAUUGAAUUUCCCUCAUUAAACUUUCUUUGUGUUUGGGUUGAUGUAAGCCUAACCCACCCAACAAAUCAGGGGCUUGCAUUGACCUAGUGAGUCUUGACUUGCUGAACUAGAUGGGCCUAAGCCUGGUCCUGGUUCUGCUUGACCCUUUGAAGGCUUCUUCUUCAAAGGGUGGUCCUCACUCCUUUAUAUCUCAUCUUUUUGUGGUGCAUAA